CACAAAUAAAUGAUUGAGAUCAAAGCAAAGCUACUAAGGGCAGACUCUGCCAUCUACGCCACUGGCGAAAGAGUCGAGUGCCUCAUUGAGUUUACCCAUAAAGUGUUCCAGGAGGAAAACGCAGGAGGUACCCGAAAUGCCAACGAUGCAAGCCAAGAGAACCUGGCCUGGGCCUCGGCUCAGUUGCAUUGCUAUCGGAAGACCAGCUAUUCAAACCCCAACGCUGACAGAACAGCCGAACUUACGGAAAUGAUCGGGAGAACUGCCUUGGAUGCGGUGACCCAGGCCCCUGGAGAAGUGAUUGUGGCCACCAAGCCCAAGAUUCUUUUCUGUGACUUGAGAUUGCAGCCGGGAGAGACCAAGAUGUAUUUCUUCAAUGAAUUCGUUCCGCGGGAUGGUCCACCAACCUACAGGGGUCACGAUAUUCGCUACUUCUAUAAAAUCACCAUCGCCACUCAGCGGGUCAAAUCGAAGGUCCAGACUCUGACUGUGCCUAUCCGCGUCCUACCAAUUCCGAUCAUUGCCCGGCCGGACGAGCUGCCAGUUACGGUGGAGACCAACGAAGAGCUGGCCCCAACAAAUCCGUUCUUGGAGAAGCGUGAGAUUAGCGAGCUUGAGAUUUCCUGGCACCAUUUGAAGAACGUGACAGCCAGGCGGGCGCCAAAGUUCUACCGCAUUUCGAACAAGCGCGGAUUCGUAGGACGCUUUUGCUUGUUUAAGCCCGCCUACAAGUUGGGCGAGGACAUCGUUGGCAGCUUGGAUUUCGGCCAAUGCCAGGUGCGAUGUGUGCAGUUUUCAGUGAAGUUGCAGCAGCAGGAGCUCCCGAUCCGACCGCAGGUAGUACAGAACCAACCUCUGCAGUCGCAAACUUCGAUAGGGGACGACGUCUCCUCAAUCAACUCCUUUGAUAUGGCCAGCAUAGCAAGUGGAGUAGUGGCUGAUAAUCUGCACAAGUCGGCCACCUCAGGCAGUGCGCGAGACAAGGAUGCUCCGGCGCCCUCGGGAAAACUCACAACCAUUUCCACAUCGCACCAAGUAUGCUACGCCACGCUCCAGACGCAGGUGGUAGUGCCCAUUCCUCUGCAUGUGACACCCACAUUCCGCACAGAUCUGGUGGAUGUCCGAUGGCGGUUACAUUUUGAAUUCGUAACCACAACCUUGAUGGACUUUGGCGUCCCUAAUCCGGAACAAGGCGAGCUGAAGGCGCCAGCCGAGCUGCCAGUCGAGACCAUGGUGUGGAACCUUCCGGUGACUGUCUACGCGGCCAAUCCUCUCCAGAUCUACGCUCCAAAUCAGACCUUCAAUCUCUUGAUCAAAUGAUGG